CGCAGUACCGACAUUCACCACAGGCAGAGGAAGGCAUUGCAGAGACUAUUGAAGGGCUGUUAAAGGUGGGGGUGUUGGAGCCUUCCACGUCUCAAUGGAACACGCCUAUUUUGCCAGUGGAAAAGCAUGGCACAGGGGUCAACAGUUAAGGUAUACUCGGUUGCCACAGGGAUUUGCUCUGUCACCGGGGAUUUUUAACCAGGUGUUGAAGCAGACGUUGGAACCAUGUGUGAUGCCGGCUGGCUGCACUCUGGUUCAAUAUGUUGAUGACCUCCUCAUUGCCGCUCCCACGGCAGACGCUUGCUUUCAGGCCACCAUGACCGUGCUCAGGAGACUGGCGGAGGCGGGCUUUAAAGUGAGUAAAGACAAAUUACAGUUGGUGAGACCACAGGUGACUUUUUUAGGGAGAGAGGUGAAACAGCAUAUGGUGGGGAUGAUGGCUGCUCAUAGAAGUGCCAUUCUCUCCCACCCGCGGCCGGAGACUGUGAAAGAGAUGCUUUCCUUUUUAGGUCUCACAGGCUACAGCCGGCAGUACAUUCCAGACUAUGUGGGCCGCACUAAGCCUUUGCGUGAUUUGGUAAAGCAGCAUGGAAUGAGAGACCUGACUGCUAAGUUGAACUGGACUACUGAAGCUGAACAAUGCUUUAUUUCUCUGAAACAGGAUCUUUCGCGAGCAGUAGAUUUAGCUGUGCCAGAUUACAACAGGGACUUCUUCUUAGAUGUUUCUGAAACAAAAGGGGUGGUGAAUGGCGUUUUGUUUCAGAAAAAAGGGGGAGGCAGACAGGUUUUGAUGUACAUCAGUGUAUCUUUAGAUAACAUGGAGAAAAGGCAUCCUACAUGCACUCAGCAUGUAGUUGGAGUGGCAAAGGCCAUCCAGAAAGUAGCACAUAUAGUUAGAGGACACCCGUUGAGGGUUUUAACAACACACAGUGUGGUGGCUUAUGUUAACUCACAGGCCUUCACCAUGACCCCACUUAGACAACAGAGGCUUAGCAAAGUGUUGGAGGCCCCAAAUUUGACUUUUAUGCAUGAAGGGAUAAAUAUGGCGGACCAAAUGGGGUCAGGGGAACCGCACGACUGCGCUCAGGCGGUCUGGAAAGAAGAGAAGACAAGACCAGAUCUCAAAGCGGAAGCCAUGGAAGGAGCGGAGGAUCUCUUCACAGAUGACUGCUGCUUUAGGGAUGAGAAGGAGGGGCUCAAGGCAGGCUAUGCAGUGGUAAGUAAGAAAGGGGAACAGCUGGAGGUGAUCAAAGCAGCAAAGUUGGAAGGGCAGCAGUCAGCACAGAGAGCAGAGGUGAUUGCACUGACUGAAGCCCUUAAAUAUGGUCAAGGAAAGAAGAUAAACAUUUACACUGAUUCAGCCUAUGCCUUUGGAGCUGCACAUGUGGAGCUGGCUCAGUGGAAGAGAGCUGGAUUCCUUACUACUAAUCAACAACCCAUCAAACAUGAGAAGGAGAUGAAGGCGCUGGAAGAGGCGCUGGAAGGACCCCUGGAGGUGGCAAUAAUAAAGUGCAAGGGGCACGACGAUUCGGCCACCUGGGUUGCUCGAGGCAAUCGAGCAGCGGAUGAAGCAGCCAAAAAGGCGGUUGGCUACACGGGGAUCAGACAAAUGGUAAGUAUGGGAAUGGAUUGGGAAGAAAAUCCAGGGCUGGAACGUGAAGACAUUAUAAAAGAACAGGAGAAGGCCUCUCCAGAAGAAAAGUCACUGUGGAAGGAGAGAGGAGCCAUAAAGGUAAGUAACAUCUGGAGGGGCCCAGAUGGAAGACCAGUGUUGACGGCAGAUUUGGCAGAGAAGAAGAUCAGAGAAUCUCAUGGCCUUGGGCAUGUGGGUGUGGCCCAGAUGGAGAGGAAUCUCUGUCAUUGGUGGCACCCAUUCCUGAAGGACAUGUUGAGGGAGCAUGUGCGAACCUGCCUUAUCUGUGGCCAACACAAUCCUAAACCUACAGUGAAACCAGAGAUGGGUAAGUUUCCCCUGGUCCAGAGACCAGGGCAGGAAAUCGUGAUUGAUUACACAGAUAUGGUGACACCAGCGAGGGGUUUCAGAUACCUGCUGGUAUGUGUGGAUAGUUUGACAGGGUGGCCAGAGGCGUGGCCAGCCCGGAGGGAGGAUAGCACCACAGUCAUUAAGUGUUUGAUAAAUCAUUACAUUCCCUGGCAUGGAUUCCCAGAGAGAAUUAGAUCAGAUAAUGGGACACAUUUUAAGAAUAAACAUCUGCAGGAAGUGGAAUCCAUGCUAGGGUUGCAACACAGGUUUGGGACCGUUUAUCAUCCACAGUCGCAAGGUAAGGUUGAGCGAAUGAACCAAAAUCUAAAAAAUAAGUUGGCCAAGAUCUGUGCACAGACUAAAAUGGAUUGGGUUGAGGCGUUACCAGUAGCGCUCAUGAGCAUUAGAUGCUCAGUAAAUCAGUCUACCGGGUUCACUCCUUAUGAGCUGUUCACCGGGAGGCAAUUUCCUGGACCCACUGCAGGGGUGCCAGCUUUAAGACAGGAAAUGCAUGCAUUUGAACAUUUAAAGCAGUUUAAGGCACUAAAAUCUCUUGUCUUAAGUUUUACAUCCCAGGUGACUGCGGGCCAAGGACAGGAGCAGACGGUGCCAGAGGCGAAGUGGGUGUGGCUGAAGGUUUACAAACGGAAGUGGAACGAGCCCAGGUGGACAGGUCCGUUCGAGGUGGGGACCAGGACCUCACAUGCAGUGCAGCUGAAGGGGAAAGGUGAAACCUGGUACCACUGGAGCCAGUGUGCUGUAGCUGAAGAGCCUAAGCGGUCGGAGAGGCUCUUGGCAAAAGAAAAGAGGGGGAACUCGGCUGAGACCCCCCACAUGGAUCCCAGCCCAGGGACAGAAUAAAUCCCUGAUCCAUGCAACGACUGAAGGGUAGUCUACCCCGGAAGUUGAAGAAAGAAGAGCGACAGAGAAUCGCCCGACUCAGAAGAUAAAGGUGGUUUCAUAAAAACAAGUGGAAAGUGAAACUAUAUUGAAUUAAAAGAGAUGAGAUUAAAAAACAACAACAAAAAAAACAAAAUAAAACAAAACUAAGAUGGGGUUAUGGGGAAAUUGGAAAGAAAUGGUAGUGUUAGGAGUGAUGGCUGUUGUUAUUGUAACUGUGAUUUUUCUUCUAAGUGAAUUGCCCAUAGACAGACUUGAA